AUGGAACCACGACGACAAGAUCCAACGGCAAACAGAAGAAGACCGCUGUGGCGACCUAUGGCGACGCAAGGCGAAGCCGGCGGCGCUGAUGGCUCGGCGAAGGCCGUAGUUGCCGAACAAAUAGCGCAGACCGUGCAAUCCACAUCAAACCUUCUUCACCUCAUGCAACAGUCUUCUCCAUCUCAGGCUAAACUUGUUAAGCUUCCCAAGAACCUAUUGGCAAAGGUUUCCAUUAUCAAGAACACAGAACAGGUUUUAGAGCAGUUGCCUCGGGUAAUAUCUUCUCUGGAUGCACAUAUGGAAAAUGGGUUGCAAAAUGUUCCACAAUUGAAGACUGUAGUUCAGUUACUUGCAAAUAUGGAAAGUAGCCAGCUUAGUUCACUAUCCCGGACUCAUGUUCUUGAGAAGGAACAUGAACCUGAAAACUAG